AUGGACGCUACGGACAAUUUCAAUAAUCCAAUUGUACAGUCGUUAGCUGGUUUACAUCAAUUCGAAAUUAUUGCUGCAUGUAUCUUAUAUUCUUUAGGAUUCAUCGGCAAUUUCUUCGCAUUGAUUGUCUUCAGUUCAUUAUCAGAUUUUCGAAAAAUUUCAACUGGAGUUCUCUUUUUGCUCAUGACCGUCUCAAACUUUUUUCAUCUGUGGACCUUGGCCACAGAAUCUACUGGGGCGUUGGGUUAUCAACUUUAUCCUCAUGUUGUCUUUCAAUGCCGUUUAAAUCCCUUUGUGAAGAAUGUUAGUCGAGCCAUGAGUACAUCUUGUUCUAUUUGUAUUGCACUUGAUCGCCUUCUACGUUCGGAAACAAAAAUGCCCAUGCGUUCGAAAGUUAUCUGUACACGGCGAAACGUUUGUAAACUAGCAAUUCUACUUCUGAUUAUCUUUUGUCUGUUCUGGUCAUUCUAUUUGUUUCCUUUGAGUACGCAAGAUCGACUCACCCGCAGUUGCUAUUAUAAUCAAUCGGAAAUUUACUACUUUUUCCUCGUCAAAGUUAACGUCCCAAUGCGAGCGGUUCUCUUCUGUGCAAUUCCAGUUAUUACUAUGAUUGCAGCGAAUGGACGAAUGUUGUACAAUAUUCGUCAAUCUCAUCUCCGUAUUACUCAUGUUCAGACAAGAAAUACAGUUAGUCAGAUGACACGAAGAGUAUCGAAUGCUAGUCGAUCAGCAGUCGAUCAAAUGCUUCUCUAUUUAAUGAUUGCAAAUGUCGGUGUAUUCAUCAUCACACAAGUCCCAUUUCAUUUCUAUGCAGUCAUGCAUGUGUACUUCGAAUCUUUAAAUGAUUAUAUUCAUUUAAUGAUCUAUGCAACGUUAUUGCUAUGGUCGAGCAUCUACUUUGGUGUUGCGUUCUAUCUGUAUUGUUUAACAUCACCCCUAUUUCGGAAGAAAUUUAUUGAAAUUCUCAAGAAAAUUCUACAUUACACAAACAUUGGUAGACAAGCCGAUUGA